AUGGAUGGUUUAAGAUAUGAAAGAGGAAUCCAAAAAGAGCUUUUGGUUGAUCCAAGAGAUAGUACUUGGAAAAAUACGUGUUCUGUUUGCGGGCUGAUCUCGAAGUUUUUGUUUUUGCAUUACAUUCCGAAAUGGACUCAAUCUAUCCGACCGCAAGAGGAAUCUGACCGUAUGGUAAAAUUUGCGGAAGAAAUCAGAAAAACUGAAUCAGAUUCACGAAGUCAAAGACAAUCAUUAGAACGACUAAGCAAUGAAAAACAAUCUCUCGAAAAUGAGAAUAACCAAAUGAAAAAUGAAAUCAAAAGACUCGCUGAUGAAAAUUCCAAGCUAAAAACAAGAACAUCUGAGCUGGAAGAAGAAAAUCGAGCUUUGAAGGAAAAGCAAAAUGAAAAUUGUGAUAUGAAUGAAAUGUUUGAAAAAUUCACUGUUGAGUGGAUGGAACGACGAGGUUUGUCUCAAACCUGCAAAAUCUGCCAGGAGAUGUACGAUACGAACGAACAUUUUCAAACUGCACUGAAAUGUGGACACACUUUUGGGGAAAACUGCAUUCGCACCACUCUGGAAAACACAAAUCGAUGCCCUGUUUGCAAUCGCAAGGCAAAUAUCAACGAAAUGAACCGUGUUUAUUCAUGA